AUGAAUCAUAAGGGUUGGUUCACCAAUACGGUUCUUGGAAGGUCGUACACGAAAGGGCUUGUGGAUCACUUUGAUUUUGUGGACAUGGAUGUGUUUUUAGUCCAUGAGUUGGAUGAUAUGAUGGCAGUUUUAGGGUACGAUGAUGGAGGUAUUAUGUUCUACCAUUUCAUGAUCCCAGAGACAGAAUUGGAUAGUGGAUUCUACCCCUUUGGAAACGAUCAAGAAGUCAUUCAUCUGGCAAGGUAUGUGCCUAAUCACAAGGAUAUUAAUGUGUCCUUUGAGCAUGGGAAGACUAGAAUAGUCCCUUACUUUAAGUCCCCAUUGAAGUUUUGGAUUGAGGGAAUUAAAGGGGAUGAUUCUCCUACAAUGAAUACCUUUAUACUGAAAAGGAAAUAA